CAAGGAAUGUAUGUAUAGGGGGUUUAGAUUCGGGAAUGGUGAAGUCGUGCAAAGGCCUCGCCAUGGAACUUGUCAAGUGCUUCAGCGAAACCGACUGUGUUAAGGUCGAGAAGCGCUCAUACAGGGAUUGUGCUGGAGAAAAAAGUCCAUCCAUAUCAAGCGAGUGUGUUGGCCUAAGGGAGACAUAUUUCAAUUGCAAGAGAGGCCAAGUUGACAUGCGAGCUCGAAUAUGCGAAAACAAGGGGUAUUAGGCAGAGUACUAUGCAAAUGUAACUGCAUCACGGCGGCUGGUGUCUAUGGAAUACUUUUUUGGGAGUUUUAUGUACAGCCAGAUAAUGUAACUUGUUUUCUUUUUUGUUUUUCUUAAUGUGACUACUGCACCAAUUGCUAAAACUGGAGAUGUUAACUUUUGAGUCCUUUGCUUAGUUGGGGCUUGUUUGGAU